UUAACUUUUAUUUUCUGUCAAAUUUAGCAUCUUACUUGGUUCCUAUUUUUAUGAUUUUCCUGUUUAGGUUAUGUUUUAUCAUUGUUUAAAUCCAUUACUAUUGCAAAAUUUUACAUCUAUAUUUUUUUGUAUUAUUCAGUUCGUUCUUAUAUUAUUAGUACUCGAUACACAUAAUUGUAAUUAUUUUGUGUACUUUUCUGUUAUAGUGACAAUGGCAGAAACAAAGAUCACUUUCAUUAGAGACUUGGACAAUAUGAAUGAUGAUUACACACUAAAAGUGUCUAUUAUCCGGCUGUGGAAAUCGCUUUCAGAUGACAACCCCACUAUUGUCAGAUCAAUUGAGAUGAUACUCAUGGAUGAAAUGUGUACAAAAAUCCGAGCAAGUGUGUAUCCAAGAGAUUUUCAAAGGUUUGAGUCCAAAUUGAAAGAAGAUCAAGCUGUUUACAUCCGGUCCCCCACUAUCGCUCCUAACAAAUACACUUUUAAAAUAAGUGAUGUAACCUCCAAGUUAAAUUUCCAUAGAAGAACAACUGUUAACGAGUGUCUACACUUUCAAUCCAAAACAAAAUAUGGAUUUUCUUUUGUUUCUUUUGAAACAAUUAUCUCUGCAACAGCUACAUCUAAUGAAUCAAUUGAUAUUAUUGGUGAAGUUGUUUCAUUAGGAAAGCUUGAUUCCCGUGAUGUCAGCAAAUCUCUACAUAGGCUGCCUUUACAAAUAAGAAACUUAGAAGGUUUGCAGGUUAAUGUUACGUUGUUUGGAGAUAUUGCAUACCAGUUAAUUUCUUAUCUUGAAGCUCAUAAAGAAGUUGGUCGUGUGAUUGUCCUUUUGCAAUUUGCAAGAAUUAAUGUCUAUAACGCAACACCUUCUGUGAACAGUUAUUUUGAACACACACGGAUGUUCAUAAAUGCUAAUAUUCCCGAAAUUGUUACAUUCACAGAUAGCUUGGUUGGAUUAAGAGGACUUCAAAACCCUUCUGCUUCUUUGACUGUUGAAAGCUCUAAAUCAUAUUCGGAAUUUGAUGACUUUUUGAAUAACUACAAAGUUAAAAAUGUUGUCGAUUUGAUAGAACCACAAGAGGUCGGCCAAUAUAUCAUUGUCGGGACCAUUUAUGGUAUUCGCCAAGAUAUUGAUUGGUAUUAUGAUGCGUGUACAAACUGUGGAAAGAAAGUUCAAACAGAAGAUUUGUUCAGUGGUGCAGAUAGUGGUGAUGCAAGUGUCGUUUUAAAAUGCAAUGGUGAUAAUUGUAAAAAUAAGACGAUCUCUUCUGUUCCAAGGUAUAAAAUACCUAUUCGUGUGCAAGAUGAUUCUGGAACAAUCACUCUAACUCUCUUCGAUAGAGAUGCUUAUAGAAUCGUCAAAAAACGCGCACGUGAUCUUAUAGAUAAAAUCAAACAGGCUGGGGAUAAUCCAAGAUUAUAUCCUUACGACCUCAAAUGUUUGGAGCAUAAAAAGAUGGCUUUUAAGAUAGAUGUUAACAGUUUUAAUGUAUCCAAUAACUACAAUCGGUUUGGGAUACUUGGCUAUACGGUUGAUAGUAACGUUAUCGAUGCUUUGGAAAAAAAGUUAGCUGUCGAGGCAGGUAGUCCUGCAAAUGCUGAUGAUACAGAAAUCGCAUCUCAUGAAGUAUCUCAAGAAACAAAGUCCUUAAAGGAUGCGAUAUCGCAAACAGGUGAUAAUUUGACCCCAACAUUGCCCGACAAAUUUGAAGCUACAAGUCCGUUCAAGUAUAAUUCCCCAACAACAGUAAAAAAACAAAAUGUUGGAGAUACCAUUGAUGUUGAUGAUUAUGAUAAUGUGAAUUCAUCCACCAAGGUCCCUCGAUUGAAUUCUAAAGUUGAUGGCAACACAGGUCUAUUAAUACCAAAGCUUCAAAAGUAA